UGUCCAGUGUUUCUUCAUUCCCUGCACCGCACCGCACCGGACCGAGCAGAUGGUUGUGGCGUCCAUUUGUUCCAGAACUUUUCACAAAUCCCUCUCCUUCAGCUCCAGCUUCGCUCGGAAGCUCUCUCCCUCUGCUUCUCGCCUCCAGGUUCGUUCAAUCAUGGCUGACUCUGCGUUCAAGAAGGUUCAGAUUCAGAGAGACGACACUGCAUUUGAUGCAUACGUGGUUGGAAAAGAAGAUGCUCUUGGGAUUGUUGUGCUUCAGGAGUGGUGGGGUGUUGACUUUGAGAUUAAGAAUCAUGCUCUGAAAAUUUCUCAAUUUGAUCCUGGCUAUAAAGCUCUCAUCCCAGAUUUAUAUCGGGGAAAAAUUGGUCUAGAUGUUGCCAAAGCACAACAUUUGAUGGAUGGUCUUGAUUGGCAAGGUGCUGUUAAGGAUAUUCGUGCUUCAGUAAACUGGCUCAAAGAAAAUGGUUCAAAAAAGGUUGGUGUAACUGGAUUCUGCAUGGGUGGUGCUCUAUCUAUUGCUAGUUCUGUCUUGGUCCCUGAGGUUGAUGCUGUUGUAGCAUUCUAUGGAGUUCCUUCCUCACAGCUUGCAGAUCCAUCAAAUGCCAAGGCACCUGUUCAGGCUCAUUUUGGCGAACUUGAUAGCUUUGUUGGCUUCUCAGAUGUGACGGCUGCUAAAGGAUUGGAAGAAAAGCUGAAAGCAUCGGGAGUUCCAUACGAGGUACACGUUUAUCCGGGCAAUGGGCACGCUUUCAUGAACAGGUCACCGGAGGGUGUGCAGAGGAGGAAAAGCAUGGGGAUGGCUGGCGAAGAUGAAGUGUCGGCUGAGCUCGCCUGGUCUCGCUUCCGGUCCUGGAUGAGCUGCUACCUAUCGUCCUCCUAAAUACCGCGUGCUAAUUUCUGUUAUGCUUAAUGCUUCUAAUCUAGACGUGACAUAAUAAAAUCUGGCCUCUAAUCUAAUCUUAGUGGGUGAUUAGAGGCUUUGAGCUGUGCUGUUCUUGCUUUGCAUGGACCAUGAGUGAGUGAGUGUGUAUAUGAUGGAACUUUUGAGAAAUCUCUUUCGGAUUCUGAGAAUAUAUAUAUAUAUAUAUAUGUCUUUGAAUCUA